AUGGCAGGCGAUGGAAAGGCAGAGCAAGUGAGGGGAGUAGAGAGUGGGGGGGAAGGUGGAGAGAAGGAGGAGGGGAGUGGGAAGGAGACAAGGAGAGUGCAGCGCGUGCGGAGGGAGUGUGGGCAGAAGAAGGUGUCAUGGGAGGCCCAUCUCACCAACCUCUACGCCCGCCUGGCACUUGCACUUCUGGGCCGCAAGGCGAUGGCAUGGCUGUUUGCAAGGGUGGCCCAGCAAACCUCAAUCACAGUCUCCAACAUCGCUGGUCCCAAGGACAAGCUGUUUCUUUCCGGGCAGGUUGUUUCAGCACUGACUAUAACUACAGUGGGCCAACACCAGGCCAUGACGUGCCAUAUUGAGUCGUAUGCUGGUUAUUUGAAGAUCGUUGUUAGUGCACUGGGAAACUAUGUCCCUGAUGCGCCAAACAUGUGCUUUCAUUUCAUGAAGGCUUUUAGACGAUUGGAGAGGGAGACAUUCUGUUGGACUGGUCAGUAA